CCUAUAUAUAACUAAACAACUUAUUCUUCUCCUUCUUCAUAUCAACCUUUUUUCCAAGUCCUAACCAAUAACCAUGCUUCUAAGGAGCUCUUCAACUCCAAUCUUGAACUCAUGGCUCUCCCACUCCAAAGACCCCCAACCAGAGCCAGAGCCAGUUCUCAAUCUUCCCAGAACCAGGUCAGUCAACUUAUCAUCUUCCCUCCACAGCCCCACUUUUGACCCAACAAAGACACCAACCCAGUUCCUAGUUGAAUCAGACACCCAAACCUCCCCAGUUAAACCCAAAAAGAAAACCCCCAUACCACAAAUCAAGAGAAAGAAAUCUAAAAACAGAGCCAAGAAAGGUACAGAACAAGAAGAAGAACACAAACCCAUCACCAUAUCAUCUUCAUCUUCAACACAAAGGCUGUUCUCAAGCUCUGGAUUGGGUGAGAAAGUUGGGGAUGAUGAAGAUUGUGGUGCAGGGAAGAAAGAGAGUGUGCUGCAGACACUGACGGUGGGUGGUGAUAUGGGAAAUAAUGGCGGUAAGAUCUGUGGUGGUGGUGGAGGGAGAAAAGGAUCAGACAGUGGAGACGAGUUUGGGUUCUCUGAGAGUAACAAUAAUCAUGGGACUAAUAAUACCGAUGCUUAUUACCGGUCAAUGAUCCAAGCAGACCCGAGCAAUCCUCUCUUACUCAGCAACUAUGCGAAGUUUCUAAAAGAGGUGCGAGGAGACUAUGCUAAAGCACAGGAGUACUGUGAGAGAGCAAUUUUGGCUAAUCCGAGUGAUGCCGAUGUUUUAUCAACGUAUGCUGAUCUGAUAUGGAACACACAGAAGGAUGCUCAACGAGCUGAGACUUAUUUUGACCAAGCUGUUAAAGCUUCCCCAGAUGAUAGUUAUGUCCUGGCUUCGUACGCUCAUUUCCUGUGGGAUGCUGAAGAGGAUGAAGAAGAGGAUGAAGGAAAUGAAAGGUUUCAACACGGAACUGAUCAAACCUGCACAUCUUCAUCCAAUUUCUACCGCGGUGCUCAUCAGCAUUCUCCUUUAACUGCAGCUUCUUAAACAACUCUUCAUCUGAGAUAUAUACCAUAUUAGCUGUGACAUGUAAUAUAGUUGAAGUAACAUAAUAGCUGUGAUAUAUGUAAUCUACUUUUGGUAUCUUGUUCCUUA